CAGUCCGGGGCACCACCGCACGCACCGGCCGCCCAGAAAUCUCUGAUCUCAUAUAUGGAGCCAUAACGCUCUCAAGUCCCAAAGCACACCACGCCACGCCAUGCCCUCCCCUUCGCGCCGCCGUGGCGCCCGCCAUCGGCGCAGCCGCAAGAAGGCAACGGCCAAGGUUACAGCGGAGGAGGAGAGCCCGAGGAACUGGGCGGACAUGCCGCUGGACUCGAUCUUGGCCGUCUUCCAGAAGCUGGAUCACAUCGACAUCCUCAUGGGGGCUGACCAGGUGUGCCGCUCUUGGCGCCGCGCGGCGCGGGAUGAGCCCGUGCUGUGGCGCCGCAUCGUCAUGCACGGCAACGCCGAGCUCGCCUUCAGGCUCAACCGCCAGGGGAUGGCCUGCGCCGCCGUCCAACGCAGCAAGGGGCAAUGCGAGGCAUUCUGUGGCGAGUACGCCGGCGACGACGGAUUCCUCUUGUACCUCAGCGAGCAGGCUCCCUUUUUGAAGAGCCUUCGCCUCAUUUCUUGUGCCAUUUCACUUGAUGGGCUUGAAGAGCACUUAACAAGGUUUCAUCUACUCGAGGAGCUCGAGCUGUCGCAGUGUCCAGAGCUAAUAAGGACUAAGGUGCACGAGAUUCUUCAGCGAGCAUGCCCACAGCUAAAGCAUUUUCGAACGAACAAACAUUACUUCCAUGAACGGCGAUGGAUCAUCCCCAGGGACCUUGAUGCCGAGGGUAUUGCAACUAUGCAUGAGCUGCGCUCAUUGCAGCUCAUUGCCAACGACCUCACCAACAAAGGGCUGGCAGCAAUCUUGGAGAACUGCCCGCACCUGGAGUCACUUGACCUACGCCAUUGCUUCAACGUCGACAUGGAUAGUGUAGACGACGAUGAGGGCACGCUGCUGCGAGAGAAGUGCGCCCGUAUUAAGACGGUGCGACUUCCUCGAGACUCGAUGGAUGAUUCCGACUUCAAGUUUAAAUUUGAUUAG